AGGAUCUUGUAAAGAUUUAUUUAGGCAUUAAGGUUAGAUUUACACUAAAUUGCACAAUAGCACAUUUAGAGAGAUUAGAGAGUAAGACGGUUCCCUUCUUUACCCCUUUUAUAACACUACUUCAAGCCUCAGCUCCUUUGGUGGAGCAGGUAAUCGUGACCGCAGCCAAUUAUAUUACUGCGUCACUAAAUGCGUACUCCAGUCAUGGUAUGAAACUCUCAAUAGAAUAAUAAUCGAACAUAAAGUACUAAAAAUUAUUAUUAUUAUUUAAUCCUAGGUUCCAUGUGGGCUCUAGAUGGAAUCCACUAUUUGCAAGUAGAAUCACUACAAUUCUUGUCGAAACGUGGGGGAAAAUAUAUCCCCACUCCGCAGCAUCUUUCACGGAAAGGUAUAAUAAAUAUACGCACAAACAGCUCCUGCUUCGCCAUGUCGGUAGCAGCCAGUUUAUUUUUGGACCGUAUAAGACUGGAGGAAGCCCCAGACCUGGAAUACGAUCAACUUCCUGGAAAUCAGAAACGACGCCAUCGGCACAAGUGGACAGAUCACGAAAGUUAUAUGCAAAUAAUACAAACUCUCCAGGAUGAGGGUUCUGUACGCUUUACAGAGUUCAUCAUUCCGUUUCAAGAAGCCUAUUACCAGUUACCAGUUGGGCAGAAAAUAAUUGUAAAUGUUCUAAAACACAGUGCCGGUCAACUGCACAUGCCAGAGGAAUAUGACGUUGAAGCGUUGGGCGACGAGCUUGUAAACAAGCUUGCUGCUGAAGGAAUAAAUAUUGGAUUCUUGCUGAAUGACGACAACCUGGUGGAAAUACGGCUAAAAACUUUGGGAGCAAAGUUUAAACUUUCAACACACCUAAACCAGCAUUUAAACCUGGAGGAUAACUUUGAAUUUACAGAGGAUACCACCGAAUUUAACGUACCAACAAUUACCAUUCCAAGUGAUGAUCCAGCGCCAGACUCUCUGCCGAUCCCUAAUGCGGCGGCACCUGCCCGAUUUGCCCAUGUCGUCGUUGAUAUUAUUGAAAGUCAGCGAUUUGGUCAAAACGUUAGGAAGGUGAUACCCACAUUUUCCAGAUCGGACAUAAAAGGGCGGCGUGAAAUCGUUUUUGAUUCAGUACAGUACUUGCCAGUGACGUGUAAAGAGCACAAGUCCAUGCAUGUACAGAUUUGUGAAACCUUUACUCCAUUAACACCCCCGUCAUCACAACCAACGGUGGCGGUGCUUCAUUUUAGACGACAAAAAAUUUAAUGACUUAUAUUAGAAGGGUCAAAUGUGCAGAAAAUCACAAGUGCUAUAUUGAUACAUUACCAAGUAAAAUGGAUCAAGUUGGGGGCGAGCUGUUGCCAUUUUCUUCAUCCGGAGGAGUGACUAGGCCCAAAAAACGUUCCAGAAAUUUAUAUAAAUACCAGUUUGGAAUGGGAAAUGUCCUCAGUGCACCAGGUUGCAUUCAGAAAGGAGGUGGCGGACGACGAAAAGUGGCAAGAAAACCUAGCGCUCCAAUUAAAAACUUGAUUGCGAGCAGCUCCCCAGCGGUGAAGAGAACGUCGUCAAAAGCCAAACCAAGGAAAAAAACCAAGCCAUCAAUUAGAAAAAGACCAGUAACCCGAUCAAGUGCAAAAUCAAAGGCAAAGAAAAAGAAACCUACACAGAAGAGGUCAAGUCCUGUUAAAAGAAGCUGUGCCCCUGUCCAAAACCAAAGAGGAAGCCUCGCUGCUAAAAUGGAGAAUCAGGAGCUACCAUACACUGGGAGUGAUAAGCAAUUCGUAAAAGUCUGGACCUCUUUUCCCUAUGGCAGACUGACGUGAGCACAGUUGAUGAGCACUACAUUCCGUGUCAUAGCUUAUCAACAUUCAAGGACGACUGGCAACUACUCAUCGAGUCUGAAAUUCCACGGAGCGAACACUACUACAUUUCAUUAGCGGAUAGUUAUAUUUAUGCAUUUGUGCAACGUAACGUGUAUACUGAUCAUUCAAUAAUUUAAGAAUGGACACUGAUACUAUCUACUGCUGCCUCAACUACCUACUGAAGGACUUGAACGUACAGAAUUUCAAUGUUGUAGCUUCAGAUCAAAUAUCAAGCGUGGAUUUUGAGAAAACUCCGUCUGCAAUUUGUAUUAACAGUGACCCCAGGUAUGUAAUAGGGCGUUUCUACUAAAAAUCAUGUGUGGCAGCAUUAAAUGUUUUAUUAUUUGGUUAGCUACAAAAAUGGACAGCACUGAACCGGUCUAUAUACAUACGUUGAUGGACACGAAAUUGUUUCAGACUUUUGGUGCAGUUAUGGAAAGUCAUAUUCUCAUUACGGCUAUCACUUCCCACAAAACGUUCGUAAUAGCAACACUAAAAGUUUGCAGUCUGUAAACAGUAAUUUCUGCAGCCUUUACGUCUUCUACUUCUUGAUCAAGCGUGCGUCUUGGUACAGUCUUGCAGACAUUGUGAAGCAGUUUGGAGCCUCUCACGAGGUCAACGAUUAAAUUGUUUUAAGAUUCUACAGAAACAUUCGUUUUUUAAAGUCUACAAAUAGUAGUAAUGGCAGAGCAUUACAGAGUUGUUGCACUCGACUGUCUUCUAAAUUUUAAAAUGUAUUUCUUAAUGUGUGUAUUAAUUCCUUUCGUUUCCGCAUAUAAGAACACUACAUUCAGUGAUGAAUGGUGCAAGAAUUGCACCCAAUAUGGAAAUCAAACCUUUUUCAAGUUUAUUACAUUCACAUGGGCGCCCCCACAAUAUCUAUGCUCUCCAUACCCUGGCCUGAACAACAAAUUUGGAACAAUUGUGGACUUUAGUUGUGACACUAGAGAUUGCACCGCAAUUGAUGUCCGUCCCGUAACGAGGUUUGCUGGUCACUAAAAUACACUCUGUCAACAACCAUUUUCGGGGAAUGGGAAAUUGGACCAUCAAUUAUUAUUUUUUCUAGGAUUAAUUGCAUUUUUUUCAGUCUCGACUUUUAUAAAAAUGUAUUUUGUUAAACCAAAUAACCCAGUUGGCACCGGUAGAGAAAGUCAACGUGAAGAAUUAAUCAGAUUAUAGAUAAUAAGCAAAAUACUGCAUGAUAAUUAUUUGAUUUAAUUUUGAGCAAAUACCUCAAAACUAAUUUAAACGUAAUAGAUGUAUCAUUAAAAUUUGUCCACAUAUUUAUAUGUAAUUAUUACAAUAGCAAAAAGUGAAUAAAGUAAAGUUUUGUUUGCUCAAUAAUAAUGAAAUGCACAAAUUUCAUUUUCAUACACCGAUUUGCCAUAAAGCAUGUAAACAUUUUGUAACAAGAAGAGAUGCAUUUUACCCAGUUUCCUUGAAGGACAGGUACUAUUAUGACAAUACCUUCACUGUAUCAUCAUCAUCAUCAUCAUUUCCACCAAACCCAAAUCUUCCUACUUUCCGAGCAGUCAUCCUCCCACAAAAAUAAUAACUAUAAUAAAUAUAAUGGAUCGCUGCUCCUCCCUAAUUGACUGCAGGGUUUGUGCCAAGACCUGUUUUUGGACGAUGACCACGUCCUCAACGACAAAGUGUUUCGCCGAGCGGUCGGCCCCAAAUGGGGAAUACUUGUACCUGGUGUUUCCGGGACAAGAUGACUUUUGCCCCCAGCAAGUCCCUCUGCAAGCAGAGUCGGGGAUAGAUUUUUGGAUUGGGGUGACCAUAAUUGAUAUGUGGUGGGUGUGACACAAUAAUAAUAAUAAUAAUAAUUCGUUGAAAGCUCGCCAUUAUUAAUAAUAUCAAGUUAUAUCCCCCAAGAACCGUAGACAUGAUAAUAAUAAUUUCAUGCAACCUUUUUUUGCACAUUUUUGCAGCAAUGGGCUGUUUGGUCUUGGGCCUCACGUUCGGUUUUCUUGUUGGAAACCCCACCCAAAGAAUGAGGAUGAGGGCCCUGUGGGGUGUUUUAAGGGGGUUCUGGCGUAGAGUACGCCAGUGGAAUCCUCUUCAGAAUUUGAGGGCGACCACCAAUCCCCUAAAUCGCCUGUUGAGAUGGUGGAGGAGUCAGCCAGUCGCUGAUGUCGAAAUGGACAUGGUCGUACUUACGGCCAACCAGCCCUCCUCCUCCUCAUCUAGUUUUGCCACCGCCACCACCACACUACACACUCCCCCCCAGGAACCUUGCCCACGUUGGGAUUGAAAUCCCCCUGGUUGAAGUCCCGGUGGAGUUGAACACACCUUCUUCUUCCUCAUCCUCCUCUUCCUCUGUCGCCGACUUCCGCACCCCCACCAACACUCGGCCGUCCUCUCCUCCUGCACUACAAACUGUCCAAGUGGACAUUCAUCCACCCCCAAGUUCUCUGGCAGAGGAGACUACUCCUCCUCUUCUGCUCCCACCUGGAGAUCCCGAGCCACCCCGAGCCGACCCACCAGACGACCUCUCAAUCCACGGAAGUCCGCCUGGUGGGUUCUACAUACAUAUUUAUUAAGUAUGAUUAUGAUGAUGAUGAUGAUAAUUUCAUAGCUCUGCUUAUUUAAAUGUUACAAAUAUGUAAAUAAGAAAAACUACUAAUAAUAAAUUACAACUAAAUUAGAUGAAUAUGGAAUCAACCUUCUUCGUCAUCUAAGACAUCUGCACAGCAGGACGCGUAACAAUCAACGCAAACUUGUAAUCCUAAUCUUGCAUGCCUAUUCUCACGAAAUCAAUAUCAUGGGACUGGAUUACAAAUUUUUCAACCUCAAUUUUUAAUCUCAAAGCUCAAGAACAAUAAUUUCAUAGCUCUUCUCACUUGCAAAUACACAUGCAAAUAAGAAAUCAGAAUUUUGAAACUAAUCUCGAUUAAUUAAUUUUAAUCUAUGCCAUCAGGUGAUAUUAAAUUAUCAUGAUUUAAUUUAUCUCUGUAGUCAAUUUAAUCUUAUAAUGUUAAUCUCAAGGGCUGAAAUCUCCAGGGCUUAAUCUUAAUUUUAAACUUUAAUCUCAAAAAUCAAUAAAUUCCCAGCCCUGUAUAAAAAUU